CCAUUCCUCCCGCUGACAUCAAUGAUGGGACACCUUUCCCCUCACCGACACCAAGGAUGAGGCACUAUUCCUCCCACUGACACCAACGAUGGAGCACUAUUCCUUCCAAUGACACCAACGAUGGGGCACUAUUCCUCCCACCGAUACCAACGAUGGGGCACUAUUCCUCCCACCGACACUAACGAUGGGGCACUAUUCCUCCCACUGACACCAACAAUGGGGCACUAUUCCUCCCACCAAUACCAACGAUGGGGCACUAUUCCUCCCACUGACACUAACGAUGGGGCACUAUUCCUCCCACUGACACUAACGAUGGGGCACUAUUCCUCCCACUGACACUAACGAUGGGGCACUAUUCCUCCCACUGACACCAACAAUGGGGCACUAUUCCUCCCACCAAUACCAAACGAUGGGGCACUAUUCCUCCCACUGACACUAACGAUGGGGCACUAUUCCUCCCACCGACACCAAUGAUGGGGCACUAGCUCCCACCAAUGAGGAGAAAGAGGGGGUAGUGCCAAGCCACGGCUCCAUGUGUGAAUGGACAC